AUGCAAGUAAACCUAAAUUUAUCUCUGUCAUUUCAAAUACAUUCAUUCGCUAUCAUAAACACAUUCGUGGCUCUUUCCUUGAUCCUAGGAGCGUCUGCUUUUGCAGUCCCAAGAUCUUCCUGCUCUUUCGAACUCACCGCAUCCGGUGGAGAAUUUGGAACGAUCGGCCAACUCUCCGAUGGUCAGAACAGGAUUGGUGGAGGACUUUCACCUGCAACUUUUACCAUCAACAAUGGAGGCAUUAUUGAUUCAGAAGGUCGUGGUUGCAUCUUAACUCCUUCUGUCGAGCAAUUUCAAUGUGAUCAAGGCGUCGGCCCAACUUUCGGCUUUGCCAUCGACAGCAAUGAGACCCUUACAUAUUCCGGAAGCUCCGUGUUCUACGCCUGCCCAGCAUCAGACACGGAAUGGAAUCUGUACGCCACACCUGUUACUGGCCAAGAGAAGUGUGUCGAGAUCUCUCUGACGGCUAGUGGAUGCGGAGCAGCUACUUCAGUUGCCCCAAGCGUCACUACGGUCACCGUCUAUGAUUGUGGGAUAGCCUCGCCAACCUCACCACUAGCCGCUUCCACGCCUGUUGUCGUUCAGAGCUCGACGUCACCGGCUCCUGCUGUUCAAUACUCACCCUCGACCGCAUCAAUCCCCGUCGCAAGCCCUUCCACUUCACCACUCGGAAGUGUGCCUAUUUUCCCCUCGAGCUCAGAGCAGUACAGCCGCAGUACAACGAUUGUUCCAAUGCCCAUCGACACAACCUCAGUCUGGGCUCACACUCACGUCUCAUCAGCCCCAGAAACUAUCGUAACCUCCACAAGCUCCGUCGCCACUCCUGUUCAAUCAUCCUCAACCUGCGUCACCACAUCCCUCACAGGAAGUUCCACAUCAGGGAACUACCAAUACCCGCACCUUAUUGUGCCCAUCUCCUCUUCUUCCCCCACCACUGCCGCAGGAACCUCCUACUUCGGCACUAUCUCCUCCAACACCAGCACAAUCUUCAACUUCGACAUCCCCCUUUCCUACUCCGGCUCAACUUGCAACCUCAUCUUCCUGCUCCCCCUUCUCUCGGAACUGGAGACCUCAUCUUAUACAUUUUCCGGCACCGGAGGUGUUGAUUUCUCUCAAUUGAGUUUGGCUGCCACGGAAGUCACGACCCGGGAUAAUGCUCCGAGUGUGGAGAAAGAUCUGGGCGAGUUUACAUUGAGCGAGGGGAGCAGUACGCUUGUUGAGAGCUUUGCGUGUCCGGCGGGAGAGACGCUUUCUUUUGAGAUGAGCGCUGUGGGGGAUACUUAUUUGUAUUUCUUUCAGGAUUGGAAUCCUAGUCCUUUGGGGCUGUACAUCACGGUUUGUUGAGCAAGGAAUGAUUUAUGAAUGGGAACGGUUGAGAUACUCUUGAAAGUCAAGGGGGCAAAUAGGUUACACUCUGUACGCGAGAAAACAUGUAUAUCUAGUUAUUUAUUUAUUCG